ACUCUCCCUCUUUUCGAGUCCUAUUUGUAUCUUUUUUAACAAUUGAGUCCCUCCUUCCUCUUUCCUUUUCAUUCCUUCAAUUCGGCUGUAAUUGAAUCUUCUACAAUUAAAAAUCCCUAAUCGAAUUUGUGAAUUGUGAUGGAAGAAAACAAUCCGAAUAACGGCAUCAUUUCUUUCGUGAAUCUCAGCAACGUGGCCAGCUGGGUCAGCACCACCGUCAUCUCCGCCUUUUUUGCCUCCCUCGAGCGUUGCUCUUGUGUCAACCUCACCACCACCGAUCCCGACGACGACGAGCAGGAAGAAGCCAAGGACCGCCCUCUCACCCUCACCUUCACCACCAACUCUCAGUCUCCCGAUCACAUGGUUUAGUAGCUACCAUCAGCUUCCUCGGUAUCUUAUUCUCGUUGUCUUUCUUAUUUUUCUUUACCUUCAAAAUCAGGCGUUGUUAUGCCAAUUAACUGAUAUUAGUCAAUAUGUAAUAACGAUGUUAUAAUUGUUGUUGAUUUGUCUGUUUGUGAAUGUGGGUUUGCUUUAUUUUGUAAGGAAAUUAUGUUUUUAAAAUCGUAAGGCUUUUUGUUUAUCUUA